GUCUGCGAGGUGAUUGGACGGAGUUCAGGGAUUUCACUCUGCGGUGUAAAAAAGCCUCUUCCUGAGUCACACGGACGGGAUCAAAGAUGCUGGUACUGGUGCUUGGAGAUCUUCACAUCCCCCAUCGAUGCAACACUCUGCCAGCCAAGUUCAAGAAGCUGCUGGUCCCAGGGAAGAUCCAGCACAUCCUCUGUACUGGUAAUCUCUGCACUAAGGAGAGCUAUGACUAUCUCAAGACGUUGGCCGGGGACGUCCACAUUGUCAGAGGAGACUUUGACGAGAACUUGAACUACCCAGAGCAGAAGGUGGUGACGGUGGGCCAGUUUAAGAUGGGCCUGAUUCACGGGCACCAGGUUAUUCCUUGGGGAGACCUAGCCAGCCUGGCUCUAUUACAGAGGCAGCUGGAUGUGGACAUUCUUAUUUCCGGACACACCCACAAAUUCGAGGCCUUUGAAAGCGAGAACAAAUUCUACAUCAACCCAGGAUCUGCCACAGGGGCUUACAAUGCGCUGGAAAGCAACAUCAUCCCAUCAUUUGUACUGAUGGAUAUCCAGGCGUCAACUGUUGUAACGUAUGUCUACCAGCUCAUUGGGGAUGAUGUCAAAGUGGAAAGAAUCGAGUACAAGAAGCUCUAAAGAAGGCGCGGUGAUGGGUCCCUUUUUACUGUCUCAUUCCUUUCAUCUUGCAGCUCAACCACCGAAUUUCAACGUAUUAUACAUGUUUUGCUAACAAAAAAAAAAAAAAAAAAUAUAUAUAUAUAUAUAUAUAUAUAUAUAUAUAUAUAUAUAUAUAUAUAUAUAUAUAUAUAUAUAUAUAUAUAUAUAUAUAUAUAUAUUCACCGUCAUUUUUAUUUAGCUGCUGUCCGUUUGUUUGAAGAAUAUAAAAUAAUGCAAGAUGGAUUUACAUCACUUAAUUAAAAAAAAAAAACAUUGAGUGCCACGUCUAAAAGAGAAGUUUAGUCAUGUAAAUAUUCUCCUUUAAAUCCCAUUAUUAACUACUGAAAAGACAGUUUAGAAAUGCCGCAUCGAACAUUCAUUAGAGGACUUCAUUUGCCCCAAUAUACUGAUGUUGUAAUAAAACCUCAUUCAUGUUU